AUGUUUCAAUUGAUUCACAUAUCCAUAUCAAUAGUUGACAUUAUAGUUUGUAUCUGUAUAGUUGCACUCUUAUCAGUAUUAUUUUGGUUUGCCAUUUUAAAAUGUGAUAGAGACAAAUAUAUUGAGAGUUCAAUACAAAAUGGAAUACAAUUAAUCGAUAUGGUAUUGGAACAGGAACCAUUCGAUGUGUCAACACCCUAUAUUAGUAUACUCAAAGAGAAUGCACACGAAAAUAUAAAGUUGUGUAGAUUGUUGGCCACACGAGACAAUGUACUCAAACUCAUCAAUAUCCUCAAACGCGGUGAACUCAUUUGGAGGAAUAAAAUGACUCCCAAGAUACCAUUGACCGAUAAACAAGUAUCCGAUUACUUUGACAUACAAUAUUCCAAUUGUCUAAUGUAUGAUUGUAGUGAAUUAAUGAAUCAUCUUUUACCUCAAUUUAAAGAUGUAGGAGAUAUACCAUUUAAAGAGAUUUCGGUACCAUUUAAUAACUCUAUUGUCUAA